UUUAAAGAAAAAAAAGAAAGAAUGACGUCACAUGCAGUUAGUACGGGCGGGAGGAGGCAUGCAUGACAAGAAAGAGGAGUUUGUUCUGAAACAAUCGCGGGCAACUGACGCUGUUUUUACUGGUGAAUCAAUGGCUUCUGAUGAUAUUGCCCAGUUGGCUGAGUCGCUGGCCAAGACUUGCGUGGAGGACAAGGAGCUGAGUUACCGGGGCCAUGGCCUGAAGCUGGACACUGCAGAGUCUGUGGAGAAGCUGGUGCGUGAGAUUGAGGAAUUCCCGGACCUGCGGGCCCUGAGGCUGGAGGGGAACACGUUUGGGGUGGAGGCGGCGCGGGGCAUCGCCAAGGCCCUGGAGAACAGGGGUCAGCUGCAGUGCUGCUACUGGAGUGACAUGUUCACCGGUCGCCUGCGCUCCGAGAUCCCACUGGCUCUGAGCUCUCUGGGCAGCGGGCUGAUGGCAGCGGGGCCCUGCCUGACGGUGCUGGAUCUGAGCGAUAACGCCUUCGGCCCUGACGGAGUGAAGGCCAUCGAGCCGCUGCUCAAAAGCGCCACCUGUCACACCCUGCGAGAACUGCGGCUAAACAACUGUGGCAUGGGGAUCGGAGGGGGAAAGAUCCUCGCUGCAGCCCUGACAGAGUGCCACAGGCAGUCGUGCGCGGUGGGCACGCCCAUGAGGCUGAAGGUGUUCAUCGCUGGGAGGAACCGGCUGGAGAAUGAGGGAGCCACAGCCCUCGCCAAGGCUUUCACGCUGAUUGGCAGUCUGGAGGAGAUCCACAUGCCCCAGAACGGCAUCAAUCACCCGGGGGUCACCGCGCUGGCCGCCGCCAUCCAGCACAACCCCCACCUGCGCGUCAUCAACCUCAACGACAACACUUUCACCAAGAAGGGCGCCAUCGCCAUGGCUACGGCCCUGAAGCACCUCCGCAGUGUGCAGGUGGUGAAUUUCGGGGACUGUCUGGUGCGCUCUGAGGGGGCCGUGGCCAUCGCUCAGUCCCUGAGGGAGGGGCUGCCCAUUCUCAAGGAGCUGAACCUGUCCUUUGGGGAGAUUGCGGAGGCAGCAGCAGUGGAGGUGGCGCGGGCUGUGCAGCACAAGCCCCACCUGGAGAAACUGGACCUGAACGGUAAUUGCCUGGGGGAGGAGGGCUGUGAGACUCUGAGGGAGACCAUGGAUGGCAUGAACAUGGGGGAUCUGCUGGGCUCACUGAGUGAAGAUGAAGGGGAACCAGAGGAUGAUGAUGAUGAUGAUGAUGAUGAAGAGGCCAGUGAGAGUGAAGAGGAGGAUGAAGAAGAAGAGGAGCAGGAUGAAGAGGAGGCUGAGCAGCCAAGUGAGGGAGAGGGAAGCACAGAGAAGCCCCAGAGCACGGGGUCCAUCUCCGCCUCGUCAUCCCUCUCUCCGGACAUCUUCUCCUUCCUCAGCCUGCCCUCCGCUGAAGGCCUGCUCAGACUGGGCCCCAAGAGGGCCCUUCUCGUUCAGCAGCAGGUGGAUGUCACAGAUGCAGGACAGACAGCGGUGGCCUUUCUGAAGAUCUCCUCUGUGUACCGGGAGGACCCUGAGAUAAAGGAGGCUGUGCUGGACUGUGUUGAUGCCUUACUGAAGAAGGCCUUCUCCAGCGCCUCCUUCCAGACGUACAGCUUCAUCUCCACUUUGCUCAUGAUGCUGGGACUGUUCGAGAGUGAGGACCGGGUGAAGACCGUGCCCAUUGUGCCCGGCCACCUGGUGGCGCUACAGCACGCUGUGCAGCAGGAGUACUUCCCGCAGGACCACAUCGCUGCUCUGGAUGACUUUGUGUUGCGAAGCAACGAGGCCUCGGACUCGUGCACCAGCCCAAGAAGUGACCUCAAGUCCACGGCGGAGAGAAGGAUCAGCCCUGAGUGCUGAUCCUCCAGACGCAAAGGGAGCCUGCCAACUUCACACUGAGGAGCAGCCAGGGAGACACACAGAGACGGGCUCAGUGCUGUCAGCCUCUCAGGACACAGACACACACACACACACACACACACACACACACAUCUGCUGCUCCCUCACAUCAACAACACACCAUUACACAGAGAAGAUCAGACCUGUCCACACACACCUGUCUGUGUGGGGAUCCGGUGGGACUGGCUUGUGCGUGGCAAGCAGCCUUCUUUUAAAAAAUGUGUCCUUAUGAAGUCCUUCCACCAGAACACCGUAACAAAUGUAUUCAACAAAACCACAACAAAAACAAAACUAGGACCAAAACAAUGUAUGCUUCUGAAUGACUGAAGGAUUGCUCAUUUGCAGUCUGUCUGUGGACAUGGGGGAAAUGAUGUACCGCCAUGAAAUGCCUGGUUUGCAAGCAGGAAUGCCAAUGGGAAAAUUUGUCAGAAGAACUCUGAUGAGAACUCAGUGGUGAGGAUCUGUUCUGCACUUGAGGACCUGAGUACCCUUUGAAGAUUAGCCCCAUUGUUCGAAGUGAAUAGGAAUAAUUUCAUAGUGUACCUUAGACUUCGACCAUAUGCCAAGGAAUGAAGUUAUUUAAAAUGUGUAAGUCACUCUGGACAAGAGUGUCCACUCGAAGACUGUCUGCUGAAUUCUGAAAUGUAAUGGUAUAGUCGUUUUAGACUAGCACUAUACUUCUAUGACAUGGAACAAAACUCAGGACACAAAUGAAAGGGAGAGUGUGAAAUAGGUCUGAAGUAUAAUUUGCAGAUAUUUGUGCUGUAACAAAUAUUUUUUUCUGGCAUUGAUGAACAUGUACUGUAUUACAUAUUUUCAAACACGUUUACCUGAUGGUGGGCAGGGUCUUUGGGGCUGUUAAUUUUUUAUUAUUUUUUUAUUAAAGUACUUUGUUAAACACC